GCCAAUACAUGGUUCUACAGUAACUGGAAUGUCACGAGCAGAAUGGCCAGAAGUUUGUGAGCUCUUGUUGGGAGCUAGACCACCUCCAAAAAUGAUUCGAGGACAUACAUUAAAAUUAUCAUGGCUAACUGAUGAGUUUGGAGCUAUUCCACAUGAAGCUAAUGAUUUAACAGUGUUAUGGCAUGCAAGAGCAUUCAUAUUACGACUCAUCGGUUCGAUAUUUCCCGACAAGACAAACUCACGUGUGAACUUGAUGUUCCUACCCCUAUUAGAAGACUUGAGGCAAGCUGCGACAUACAGUUGGGGUGGAGCUUGCUUAGCCUUCCUUUAUCGUGAGCUUUGUCGUGUUGCAAUUACUGAAGCAAAGGAGAUUUCAGGACCCCUGUUCAUAUUGCAAAUCUGGGCUUGGGAGAGAUUUAAAAUAAUCUCUCCAUCAAUAAGAGAUCCAUCGGCACCUCAUGAUGCACCCCUAGGUGCUAGGUGGAGUAGAGCUCGAUAAAUCACUGAAGUUACAACCCAUGUACUACAACAAAUUCGAUACAAUUUUGAUCGAAUGCGACCUGAAGAUGUAAAUCAAAAUUCUCAAA